CUCGAUGGUUGCAAAUGCGCUAUCUCCUCCUAUCUAGACAUGCACCCGCUCCCUCUACUCUCUCACAACAAUCCAGCCUGUCCAUCUCUGCAACAAUACCCAUCCAAACUAGUUCCACAAUCUAAGCUCACCGACACAGGCCACGUCAAUGAGGCAUUUUCUCCAGCUAAUCUUCUUCAAACCAGCCCACAUUCGGUGAUGCACGGUGCCCAAUCUAACUUUAAUUCGACUUCCAAAAUUUCAGAUGAGAGAUCUACCUACAAGCAUCACAAAUCGCGCAAACACGAAUCCGUGUGUGUGAAGUUUGCGGGUCAGAGGUCCGCAGCCUAUAGAUCUAGAACGGCGUUUACGGCGACAGUUUGUGUUUGGUACAGAACGACAUCGUUGUGGAGAAUGAAGAGCAGCUUUAACGUUUCAGUCUCGCGGUAUAUGGGUCUCAGUGGCGUCAUUUCCACCUCUCCAUCGAUCAAUCAAUUUUGCGCGAUUUAUAUACUCUUGAACGCAAUCUUCAAACCCUCAACAUUGGAGUCCACAAAUCCAUUCGGCGAAAAGAACAUGUCGCGCACCGCUGAUGAAUCUACCGGCUAUGGGGAUGCAAGCAGGAAAAAUAACUCUCGGGUUCACAUGAAUCCGUGUUACCCCCAAAGAAUGGCUUCUCAACAGGUCAGCUCAACAGCUGUAAAAGAUAGAUGCAAUGUGCACUACGGGUUCAAUAUUUUCCGAGACAACCACCAAAGUACAGGGUAG